AAAAAAAAAAAACUUCUCCAUUCUCUCUCUCUCUUUCUAUAUAGUAUCCUUCUUCUUGUAGCCCUAAUAAAAACUCUUCCUUUACAAAGGAUCGAUCUUUUCUUUUUCUAUUUUGAUUCCUCAUUUGUUAUUUGUUUUCUUGGUUCGAUAUCUCUGUUUCGCUCUCUGUUUUUUUUUUUUGGGAAAACCGAGUGAGAGCAGAAGAAGAAUGGAGUUUACAGAUUUCUCAAAGACGAGUUUUUACUACCCGUCGUCGCAAGGCGUUUGGGAUUUCGGAGAUUUAGCGGCGGCGGAGAGGAACUCCUUAGGGUUUAUGGAGUUAUUAGGUUCUCAACCUCAUCAUCAUCAUCAUCAUCACGAUUUCGCUACUACUACUACUGUUUCCCCUCAUUCUCUCCUUAUCGAAACGCCGCAGACGCAGACGCAAACGCAGCUUUCGACGAAGCUGUCUUCUCCUGUUUCAACCAUCCUUGAAGCUCCUCCACCGCCUGAUAAAGCGGCGUCAAAGGUGGAAUCUUUUUGUUCGGAUCAGUUCUCGAUUCAUCCACCGGCGACUCCUAACUCAUCCUCCAUUUCUUCUGCUUCGAGCGAGGCUGUUAAUGAAGAGAAACCAAAACGAGAAGACAACCAAGUAGAAGAAGAGGAAGAUGUACAAGAGAAGAGUCAUCCUCAUACUAAGAAACAGUUGAAAGCAAAGAAGAAUAAUAAUCAGAAGAAGAGACAGAGAGAGGCAAGAGUCGCAUUCAUGACAAAGAGUGAGGUUGAUCAUCUCGAAGAUGGCUACCGCUGGAGAAAAUAUGGUCAAAAAGCUGUCAAAAACAGUCCUUUUCCCAGGAGUUACUACCGUUGCACAACGGCUUCAUGUAAUGUGAAGAAGAGAGUAGAGCGAUCAUUCAGAGAUCCAAGCACUGUAGUUACGACCUACGAAGGUCAGCACACACACAUUAGUCCACUCACGUCUCGUCCUAUCUCCACUGGAGCUGGUUUCUACGGAUCAUCUGGAGCUGCUUCCAAUCUCGGUAAUGGUUGCUUUGGCUUUCCUAUAGAAAGCUCCACGUUAAUCUCCCCUCAGUUCCAACAGCUUGUCCAUUACCACCAACAACAACAGCAACAACAACUCUUGUCUUGUUUUGGAGGAGUCUGCGAGUACCUUAAUAAUACCCACGCUAAUGAGUUUGGUGAUGAUGACGAUCGUGUGAAAAGGAGUCGAGGUUUGGUUAACAAAGAUAAUGGACUUCUUCAAGAUGUUGUUCCAUAUCAUAUGCUCAAGGAAGACUAGUAGUAUAUAAAAGUCUUUUAGUAUUGUAAUUCACAUCUAGGUUUUCUUAGAAUGUAUUAUUGUCUAAAAGAAACAGAUCUUUCGAUCUCUUGAAGGGGAUGUUUUCUUGUGGAUCUACUAUAAUAGCUAGGUACUUACAAGAUUUUUCACCAUGGAAUCAUUACACAAAAACAUGUACUAGUUUUCUUUGAAAAUUGGUGGACUAGUUAACA